UACUUUUUGGUUUUUGGCGCCUUUCCCGUGACACAAUUCGUUAGUGUUCUGCAGUCUCUGGAGCUACUUUCUUAUUUAUUCAUUUAAGAUACACAUACAAUUUCAUAACGUCUGUUGAAGAUACUGGCGCCAGUUUGAUUUUAGAGAAAACAGAAUUGAUCUUUCAUAACAGUUCUUAAAUCCUAGUUUCACCAUUCGAUUCUCACUGCUCAGGAUGGGUAUUAAAGGGUUGACACAAGUGAUUGGAGAUACUGCUCCUACUGCCAUAAAAGAAAAUGAAAUUAAGAACUAUUUUGGCAGAAAAGUUGCCAUUGAUGCUUCAAUGAGCAUUUACCAGUUUCUUAUAGCUGUACGAUCUGAAGGGGCUAUGCUAACCUCUGCCGAUGGAGAAACUACCAGUCACUUGAUGGGUAUUUUCUACCGGACCAUUCGGAUGGUUGAUAAUGGAAUCAAGCCUGUUUAUGUGUUUGAUGGAAAACCACCUGACAUGAAAGGGGGUGAACUGACAAAGAGAGCAGAGAAAAGAGAAGAAGCAUCCAAGCAACUGGUUCUUGCCACAGAUGCAGGUGAUGCAGUGGAGAUGGAAAAAAUGAACAAGCGUCUGGUUAAAGUAAACAAAGGACACACUGAUGAAUGCAAACAACUACUUACUUUGAUGGGAAUACCUUAUGUUGAGGCACCUUGUGAAGCUGAAGCUCAGUGUGCAGCUUUGGUGAAAGCAGGAAAGGUUUAUGCAACUGCAACUGAAGACAUGGAUUCAUUGACCUUUGGUUCCAAUGUCCUGCUGAGAUACUUGACAUACAGUGAAGCCAAAAAAAUGCCCAUCAAGGAAUUCCAUUUGGAUAAAAUCUUGGACGGACUGUCGUACACAAUGGAUGAAUUCAUCGAUCUAUGCAUCAUGCUGGGCUGCGAUUAUUGUGACACGAUAAAAGGAAUAGGCGCCAAAAGAGCCAAGGAACUCAUAGACAAACAUCGAUGCAUUGAAAAGGUGAUCGAAAACCUUGAUACCAAAAAGUACACCGUCCCAGAAAAUUGGCCUUAUCAAGAAGCAAGACGACUAUUCAAAACCCCUGAUGUUACAGAUGCAGAAACCCUUGACUUGAAAUGGACACAGCCAGAUGAAGAAGGUCUAGUCAAAUUUAUGUGUGGCGACAAAAACUUCAACGAAGAGCGCAUUCGCUCAGGCGCCAAGAAAUUGUGUAAAGCGAAAACAGGGCAGACGCAAGGCCGACUUGAUUCGUUUUUCAAAGUUCUUCCUUCUAGCAAACCGUCUACGCCUUCCACACCGGCUUCAAAGCGCAAGGCCGAGGAACCGAAAAAGGGAAGCAAAGGAGGAGCCAAAUUCAAGCGUGCAAAAUAAUUUAUUUAAUGCAGAAACAAUGAAUUGUGCCCAUUAUUAUCGAUGUAACUUGCUUACUCGUUUUACAUGAGGCUAUUACUAUUAACCAUGAUUUAUCGCUUGUAAUUCAUUCAUUUAAAAAUUUGAUUUCUAAUUUUAAUUAUCAUUGAUCAGUAGUAUCUUUAUAUUUAUGGAAUUCUUCGCCAUUCGUUCCAUUAGCUUAUUCUCUUAUAGUUUUCUCUGGCUAAAAGGAAUGAGUUUUUGCUUCGUACCCUCUUUUCUCUUUAUACUUCGUGUAACUGAUUCCGUGAAAGCUGCAGUGCAUAUCUGAAAUUCUCAUUCGAGAUAGUAUCUUAUUUUCGUUGUGGGAGUUUGAAUUUCCCGUCUUCAAAUUUCGUGUAAUUAGUUAUUGUAAACUAAAUAUAGCCUACUAGCCAGAAACAGCGUUAGGGCCUAGCUUGAAAAAUUACCCUUUGCCACCUGGUCCUCUAAUGAGACAUCUAUCGUCAAAAAGAAAAUUUAAGAAAUAAAAAAAAAAGGAAAAAACUCGAAUAGCGAUUACUUUAUGAAACCUGAAAAUUGUCUAACAAUCAUUAGAAAACGGUAUUUAGUUCAAUUUAUUAUGCCACAAAAUUACAGAUAGAUUGCUUGUGGCAGGAUAUUCGUUGUUUACAAAAAUGUUCUGUGCAGUAUAGAUGGCGUCUGUGUAUCGCCUCAGAUUAAUAUCUCACAUUGCACAUUCAGAGAACAGAAAUUCCAAACAUCAGAGAGAGUCUUACUUCUGAGUAUUGAAUCGUUCAUCGACCGAUGAUUUGAAAAUGUUGCAUAAAAAACGAGAGAGGAAUAUUUGUUCAGUCAAUAACUGCAGAUCAUACAGAGAGGCUAAUCGUUGGCCAGAGCCAUUGACCUUUCAUGAGUUUCCAGCAGACUUGGCAAGGAGGAAACUGUGGUUAGAAAUAAUAGAACGAGAAGACUGGGUGCCAGGAGACAAAGCGAAAAUAUGUGCCAUGCAUUUUACUCCUGAAUGCUAUCGAGAGGCAACUGCAUCUGCAGUCAAACGUCUUAAUGCAACAGCAGUUCCAUCACUACAUCUCAUCCUGGAGCCAUUGCCUAAGAGUGGGUUGACCAAAGCAGCCAAUACAGCAAGAGCAACAAACUCAUCAGGUGUUGUGGCCUCAUCCACUUCUACAGCACAAGCAUACUAUGUGUGUUCUGCCAUGAAUUGUAGACAGUACAGGGAGGCCCAGCUCUGGCCUGAGCCACUUUCUUUCCAUGAAUUUCCAGCAGAUCCAGCAAGGAAGAAACUCUGGAUAGAGAGUUUAACGAAUGGCGAUUGGAUCCCUAAAGAAAAGGGCAAGGUUUGCUCCAUGCACUUUGAUAUGGAUGAUUACAGAGAAACAAACAAAAAGUUGUUAAAACCCAAUGCUGUACCUUCGUUGAAUUUAUCAUUGAAAAAGCUGACGGAAAGUGAAAUUGCAGAUCAAUCUGCGGUCGACAUGGACUAUGGGCACGAAAGAUUGCAAUACGGACUGAAGGAAUCUGAUACCAAGACGACCGAGUCCCGGAAGCGGAUAUCAAAUAUAAUCAUCGUCGACCUCAUCAAAGACAAAAAGUCAAAAUACCCAGAAAAGCCAAAACCCGUCGUAAUAGAUGAGAGUUGUUCUACUUGUAUGGAGAUGAAAAAGGAUCUUCGCGAGGUAGAGUUUCAGUUGGCGAUGGUCAAGCAGGAAUUGGAAGAACAAAAAAGGCUCGUUGAGAGCUUAAGGAAACAAAUCAAAAAUUAAACUGAAGAACAGCCAUUUGUUGGUCGUUAUUUGCGUCUACGCUUAAGUGAAUUGAUCUUCCUACCACAGUUCAUCAAAUCGCCGGUGGUGUGAUUUACAUAAGAUUCAAGGAACAUCUUGUUAUUGGUUGAAACCGAAAAUAAUUCGCUUCUGAAUAAUUGCCUUGAGUGUGUUGUAUAUUUGGAAUCCCGUAAUAUAGAGUCUAAUUUCAUUCCA